GGCAGGCGAGCUAAGGCCCCAGGCAGGAGGAAGGCGCAUUCCUUCCUGCCUUUUGCAGGGGUGAGAAGCUGCGGGGGGCCAGCAGUGUCCCCACUGGUUCGCUGGGAAAGUAACAGUCCAAAGAGCAGUCAUUUCCUGAGUGGACACCGGAUUCUGGACCAGGAAGGCCUCAUCAUGAUAUGGACAGUGGCAGCUGCUGCAGUCGGAGGAGUGGUGGCCGUGGUCGCUGUGCCCGUGGCUCUGGGGGCCAUGGGCUUCACCGGGUCAGGAAUUGCAGCCUCCUCCGUAGGGGCCCAGAUGAUGUCAUCGGCCGCCAUCGCCAAUGGGGGCGGGGUUGCCGCCGGUAGCCUGGUGGCCACUCUGCAGUCCGUGGGGGCAGCUGGGCUCUCCAUGACAUCCAACAUCCUCCUGGCCUCCAUUGGAUCAGUUUCUGGGGCCUUGCUGGGACGUUCAAAAUAGGCACCCCCUUCCUCUCCCCCAGUUGACCCAACUGAAGGGGACAAGCCAGGAGAAAACAUAUUCCAAGUCAAACCUCUGAAACUCCUGCUCAAGUCAGAGAAGCAUGAGAAAUAAAGAGCACCUGCAAGCUCACCUGCCCGUCUCUGCUCCUUGCAGCGCAGGCCGGGAUGCUGCGAGCUAGAGGGCUCGGUUCUCCCCUUCCUCCCAGCCUGCGUUGUGACAGAGGGACAGCGGGGUGACAGGCUGACCGAGCACAGGAUCGGUUCACAGCAGGCUUUGGCUGGUCCUAAUCUUAGAAGGGAUGGACUGUAUAACCCAGGGCCAUUCAUGGGCCUUCUGUGGGCCUCGGUUUACCCCUCAUUCAAUGGUGGGGUUGAUAAACCUUCCCGGUGGGAGGCUGGGCUGAGGAGUAGCCAGGAUGCAUACUGACCCACUGACCAGGGAGCCCUUGGCCCUUCCUCCUGAAUGGCCACUAGACAUCCAGAGAUGAGGGACACCAACCUUCCCUGGGUGACCUCACAAUUCCUAGGGGGAAGCUGGCAAGCAAACCCCCAGGACAGGGCAGUGUGCCAGAGGUUACGUGGGCUCCAGCACGUCACGGGGAAAAGACCGAAUCACAUGUCACUACACUGUGUCUGCAAAAUCAAACAGGAACCGACAUUCACCAGCUCCUACCCUGGUGAUGGAGGCUUUUGAAUGUCCCUAAGUCUCUAUUCACCUCCAGAAUGAGUUCUUUUUUCCUGCCAGAGAGGUGUCAUUCUCUGGAAGGUAUUUGUUUUGUUUUGUUUUGUUUUGUUUUAAGG